AUGACAAAUUACAAGGGAAAAAGGGUAAUAGAACUAACACCACUGGAGAAACUUCUGCAAGACCAAAUGGAAACAAUGGAAAAGUUGCAUGAACUAAUUUACGGACAGAUGCGGAGAGAUGUUAAAGAACAAAUAGAAGAGAUGUCGGACAGAGGCCUUUUUACGCUUUACGAAAUAAGUAAAAGAAUAGCAAAAGGAGAAAAAACAAAAGAAGAUGAAAACAGCGGAGGAAUAGAAGAAAAAUUAAGAAUAAUAAGAGAAACAAUGGACAAGAAUAUGAAUGAAUGGAGAGAGAGAAAGGAAAAGGAGGAUGAAAAGAAACAAGAAGUGGAAGAGAUUGUUACUAACAUUAAGGAAGGAAUAGGAGAGAUAAACAAAAAAAUAGAAUCAUCCGAGGAUAAUAUAGUAGCUGAGGUUAUAGACCUAGAAAGGAAAAUGAAAAAUAUGGAGAGGACACGGAAAACAUCGGAAAGAGAGGAAGGAGAUGAGGAAAGAAAGGAGAGGAGAGAAACGAGUGGACGGGAAGUGGAAGAAAUAAAAGAGGCAAUAGAGGAACUCAAGGAAUAG